AUGUUCGGCGGUGGGUUUGAAUCGUUCUUUGGCGAAGGACACGGCCACGGAGGACAUUCCAAGCCUGUGGACAACACGAAAUUCUACGAAACUCUCGGGGUCCCGAAGAAUGCCACGGCCGCCGACAUCAAGAAGGCGUACCGCAAGCUUGCCUUGAAGAACCACCCUGACAAGGGCGGUGACCCCGAACUCUUCAAGGACAUCACCGUCGCGUACGAAGCGUUGUCGGAUCCUGAAAAGCGCGAACUGUACGACCAAUAUGGCGAAGAAGGUUUGCAGCAUGGCGGAGGCGGCGGACACCAUGGUGGCGACAUGUUCUCUCAAAUGUUUGGCGGUCGUGGGGGUGGACGUCCCCGCGGCCCCCAACGCGGUGAAGACUUGACCCAUCCGUUGAAGGUCUCGCUGGAAGACUUGUACAAUGGCAAGACGGUCAAACUGGCUGUGAACCGCGACGUCUUGUGCGGCGGGUGUGCCGGUCGCGGUGGCGCCGAAGGCGCGGAAACCUCGUGCGGCACGUGCAACGGUCGCGGCAUGCGCAUCCAGCACCGUCAGAUCGCUCCGGGCAUGGUCCAACAAGUCCAGUCUGUAUGUCCCGACUGCCGCGGCCAAGGCAAGUCGAUCCGCGAAUCGGACCGAUGCAAGGUGUGCAGAGGCAACAAAGUGACCAAGGAGCGCAAGGUGCUCGAAGUGCACAUCGAGAAGGGCAUGCGCAACGGCCAGCGCAUCACAUUCAGCGGAGAAGCCGACCAGGCGCCCGGAACCAUCGCCGGCGACAUCAUCUUUGUCGUGCAGGAGAAGGAGCACGCCGUGUUCCAGCGCAAGGGCGGCAACCUCAUCUUGGAGAAGAAGAUCUCGCUCGUGGAAGCAUUAACUGGCUUUGAAACGGUCGUGGAGCAUCUGGACGGCCGCCACUUGCACGUCAAGAGCGUCGGCGGUGAAGUGAUCAAGCCCAACCAGUUCAAGGCCGUCCAGGGCGAAGGCAUGCCGCAGCACGGCAACCCGUUCGUCAAGGGGCAGCUCGUGAUCCUCUUCAAGGUGGAAUUCCCAUCGCAGGUGUCGGCAGAACAGACUAAGCUGCUGCUGUCCGUGUUCCGCCGCCCGCCGUCGUCCGUGCCGCGCCUGUCCGAUGACUCGGAGGAAGUGUUCUUGUCUGAUUUUGACGCGGAAGCCGCCCAGGAUCAGGCCCAGCGCGACGCUUAUGACUCGGACGAUGACCGCGGCGGCCAGCAGCGCGGCGUCCAGUGCCAACAGCAAUAAGCCCCACCUUGCGCUAUUUUUUAUACUAAUAUCAAUAGAGACAACGUCAUGUGGAUCAUCUGGGAUUGCUCU